AUGGAUAGUCUGGGCCAUUAUAGUGAGUCUGGUAUAAUAAUAUUAUUUAGGAAAUAAUUAUAGAAAAAACCAUUAAAUAACCAAAUAAUAUAAUGUGAAGCUAUAAGCUAAUAAAUUAAAAAUAUUGAGGAAAGCAAAAUAUCUUAUUUAUUUUUUUAUUCGAAAAGAUUUAAAUUGAUAAGAGAAUGCCUGAAUCCAAUUAUUGGACAAGGAAGCUCAGUUAUUCCUUUUUAUAUUGAAUAAAAAUCAAAAAAAUAAUAGUAAAUAUAAAUAGAUUUAAUUACUGAUAUUACUCAGUCUAAAAUUAAGUAAUCACCUUACUUAAAAUAAAAAUUUAAUUCAAAUACUGACUCGAUUAGAUUAGAAGAGAACAUAACUGAAAAAACAUAGUAUAUUGAUCCAAUAUUUCAAGAUAACCUAAUCAGACAAAACAAUUACUCAAAAGAAGUGAGGGGAAAAACUAUGAAGUACUUUGUUUAAUAAUUCCUCUAAAGAGAUAAAUAAGGUUAAACCAAAAGAUAUGUAGGCCAUUUUUAACAAUCAUAUUAUAAAAUAAGACUAAUAGACCUUCUGCUGGAUCUACAGAAAAGAAAUUUAAUUUUUGUAUUCAAAAAUAUAUAUAUAAUUAGUUUAGUUAAGCUUGCUCAGGUCUAUUUUAAUAGAAAUCUGUACUUUCUUUAAAUCAACCUUAUACUAAUUUUAAUCAGAAUAAAAUUUUAAACAAAAAAUAUUAAUUUUUUAUUGAAUAAAAAAUUAUUUUUAUUCAAUCAAUCAUCUUUCCGAAAAAUAAAUAAAAAAUAUCUAUUUUAGCUUUUGUUUAUCUUUUUUAUUAUGCUUAUAUCUAUUACAAUAAUUAAAUUUAUUCUUAAUUUAUUAUUCUUUUUAGGAUUAACUAAAAAUAACCUUAUUUUGAUAUCUUUACAUUAAUUAAAAUAAAUUUCAAAUAAAAUUAAUAAAAUAAACAUAAUUUUUAUUUUUAUUUAAUUUUUAGGAUUAUAUUUCUGA